GACGAGUCCCGCGCUCCCCGAUCAUUCGUAGGCUCCAGCGGCGUCAGGCCUCGGAACAGCUGUAAAAGCUGUUGGCCCUGGUGGUUGGGUUGUUCUUCCCUUUCUUCCUUGCCACUUUUAGUUGGUCCCCAAGAUUUGGGCGUCGGCAGGGACCUGAGCCGCGGCCCUAGAAUGGGAAACAGUGCCCUCCGCGCUCAUGUGGAAACCGCGCAGAAAACUGGUGUCUUUCAGCUUAAGGACCGUGGGCUGACCGAGUUCCCCUCAGAGUUGCAGAAGCUGACCAGCAAUCUAAGGACCAUCGACUUGUCCAACAACAAGAUCGAGAGCCUACCGCCUAUGAUUAUAGGAAAGUUCACUCUGCUGAAGAGCCUCUCCUUGAACAACAACAAACUGACUAUUCUUCCUGAGGAGUUAUGCAAUCUGAAAAAACUAGAGAUGCUAAGCCUAAACAACAAUCACUUGAGAGAACUACCAUCUACCUUUGGGCAACUGGCAGCCCUCAAGACCCUGAGCCUCUCUGGGAACCAGCUACGAGCACUACCACCACAGCUCUGUAGCCUACGGCACUUGGAUGUGGUGGAUCUCUCCAAGAACCAGAUUCGGAGCAUACCUGACAUAGUGGGGGAGCUGCAGGUCAUCGAACUCAAUCUCAACCAGAACCAGAUAUCUCAGAUCUCAGUAAAGAUAUCUUGCUGUCCUCGCCUUAAAAUUCUUCGCCUGGAAGAGAACUGUCUUGAGCUCAGCAUGCUGCCACAGAGCAUUCUCAGUGAUUCCCAGAUCUGUCUGCUUGCUGUGGAAGGCAACCUUUUUGAAAUAAAGAAACUUCGAGAACUGGAAGGAUAUGAUAAGUACAUGGAGAGGUUCACAGCCACUAAGAAGAAGUUUGCAUGAUGUUCUCCAGGAGCACGGGAACCUCACAGGACACUGACAUGGAAUCUCUUGCAAUCUGGCUGAAUCAAAGGCUCCUUUUGUUGUCAAGGAUUAUCUGCAGCAAGGAGAUGAUACUCCCGCAGAUAUUUCAAUGAUCUUUUCCCUUUCCAGGGCUCGUCUUAAGCAAGCUAAAAAAUCAAGGGACAGUAAGAGUCCUCCAUUUUGAGUCAUGGAUAAGGGUAAAGGACAGUGUUGACCAUCAAAACCAUCAUUAGUCUGGCUUUAAGAAAAACAAUAGCUCAUUUGCUAUUUAUACAAUGAAGGGAUGCUGCUUGGUCACAGAAUCACUCCGUAUCACAGCUUGAAAUUUCAUGUUUAGUUUCAGUGUACGAACUUUCAUAAAGUCAGUUGCCAUUCCACCUGCAUUAACAUUUCAUAUUUUUAUGAAAUAUAGUUUGUGAGAGGCUACUAUAGUUAAUCUAGGAUUUAUGAUUUUAUUUCAGUCCAUCAGUUCAAUCGCACUGUGUAUACUUGGAAUUUAGAAUGUACAUAAAUAUGUGACUGUCUUGAUUAAAAGUGUAUUGUGUCAGAGAAGCACCAACACAACACUAAGAGAUGUUCCCCAAGGCUGCAGUAGCAAAUUUUUUACUAUUGCAUGUGCCUUACUGGUAGAGGGCUCUGAAGAGCUAAAACCAUAUAUGCAAAACUUGUAAGAUACAAAGGGUUGUAAUAAUCAAGAUUUUCCUGAACCUUUGUUAGAAAUAAUGUCUUACUUCUGGUAAUCCUUUUCCCUUUUUGCGUUUAUAAUUCUACUAAUCAAAUUAGCUAUCCAAAAACUACUGCUACAAUAUUUUAAAAUAACCUAUGUUUAUAAAGUUUAUUCUCUGGAUGAGAGAAUAUACUAAAUAAAGAAUUUUUAAUGAACUUCCGCUGGAAAAAGUGUUAAUCCUUCAAAGGAAGAAGACAGGAGAACUUUAACCUCUGUGUGGCCCUUUGUUUGAAAGUAAACUGAUUAGAAAGAAAUGUUUCUUAAGGUGCAGGAGUACUGAAAUGCCUUCAUGUGACUGAUAAGCAUUUUGCAGUACUAAAUCCAUGCUUAUUAAGAGAAACUGAAAGUACAAAGGUAGAUGACGUCAGGUUGUUACUGACAUGAACAUUUCCGAGACUACCACUCUCAAAUGUUCUGAGGUUUUGCCUUUGGCAGGGCAAUUUAGCUUGUAUUGUCAGUUCUUGUUUUAUUAACCUAGUUUAACCAUUAAGUCAGUAGAUCACAACAGCUUAGUGUUAGAGGAAGUCUCUCUGACUUUAAAUCUGAUCCAUAUUCUAAAUCUGAUCCGUAUUCUCUAUUUCCCAUGUUAUUUUCUGUUUCUCAACAUGGGGAGGGAUGGAUGGGCUGCCAGUUUAUCGUUAGCAACUGAGUUUUGCUUUUUGUAAACUUCAAUGCUUAAUCUUUUUGGUCUAAACAAUGUUUCUCUAGAUUCUUUAUCAGUGCUUAACAUCUAAUAAAUCAGAGCUUCUAAAGUAAACAACUUAAAUGUCCCCAGACAUUUAAUUAACUGGAGUUAAAAAUAUCCCCCAUCUCUGAGAAUCAGUGACUGCUAGCUUUCACAACUUGUACCUAGCCUUAUUUCCAGAUACCCGUUCUUCACUCUUAUUUAACCUGCCCAGUCAUACCAGAUUAUUCUGCUCCUUAAACCCACAGUGCAGUGUCUCCCCUGUAACUGCCUUUACAUUGUUUGCUCAGUCAGGAAUGUCUUCUCUCACUAACAUGCUCCUUCUAUCCAAAACCCAUUUUAAGUCUAAGCCAAAUGAAUUGCUCCCCCAUCUGUUAUGAUAGCACUUCCCACAUUCUAUAUUCAUCUAUCUCUUGCUAGAAUGAGCUACUUGUGGGCAGGAACUAUGUAAAGUAACAUGCCCAGAUUUAUAACGCACAAGUAUUCAGACUUACCUAUGAGCUAACAUAACGAAGUUGGUUAACUUGUGUGUGGUCUGGAGACCCAUAUUCUAGUUUGGCCACCAGCCCUAAGUCACCCACAUUCUUUUAGAACUUGGUUGGAAGUCAGUGUAGUAUAUUAAGCUCAUGGGCCUUGGAGUCAGAAAGAUCCUGGUUUGAAUACACAGUCUGUCAUUUACUAGCUUUGUGAAUCUGAGCAAUUUAUGCUCAUCUGUAAUAUGGUGAAUACCUCCAACCUUUCAGGUUUGUUAUGAGGAUAUGGUAAAAAGAUACAUAAAGGCAUUUUAGCAGGGUGCCCACGACAGAGUAAGCAAUCAAUAAAUGGUGCCAUUUAUUUCACCUGUAAAGCAUUAAAAUAGAAGUUAGCAAGUCAUUAUAGAAAUGGUAGGCUUGGAGCAAAUACUACAUUAAAAAGGAUGAAAACAAAUGACUAGAGAGUAAGGAACUUGAAUAUCAUCAAUCUGAGAAAUACAAAUCUGAUUAGGAAUGUAAUUGGGAUAACCUGGAGUUCUGAUAAGGCAGUGACCUAAAGAAAGUAACAUUUAAGGAAACUAACUCUAAGUGCAAUUGAGUAUAAAAUGUCUGGGUUAAGAGAAGAUUUGUAAUUCACACAUGACAUGAAAAGAUCUAACGUGUGGUAACAAGGAUGAAGGAAGGGACACCUGGGUGGCUCAGUUGGUUAAGUGUCUGCCUUUGGCUCAGGUCAUGAUCCCAAGGUCCUGGGAUCAAGUCCCACAUCGGGCUCCCUGCUCAUCAGGGAGCCUGCUUCUCCUGCCUGACGCUCCCCCCUGCUUGUGCUCUCAUUCUGACAAAUAAAUAAAUAAAAAAUAUUAAAAAAAAAAAGGGAUGAAGGAAUUGUGAAGGAAGAAAGAAACAGGCAUAACUAUUGGGGAUAAAUACCAUUGUCAUUGUAAGACUGGAAACUUGAAGAAGGAGCUUACUGUUAAAAAAUUAAAUUCAGGGUGAUUAUUUUUGAACUCCUUAGUUAUAGGUUAGUGUUAUGCUCAAGAACAUACAAAAAGUAAAUGACUAAAGCAAAAUUUGAAACCAGGUGGUCAGACUCUAGAGCUUGUGUUAAUCACUUUCAGUUACUACCUUUCAAAAGUAAUGGAAACAAGUUUCCAGACAAUGUUAACCAGAGAAAAUCAGAAAAGGCUUUAAGUCAACAGCUUGUAUUUCUAGUGCAUUAUGGACCUAACUUCUAUGGCCUCAUUCCUCUUCUUUCUCAGUAGGAGAAGCUUUGGCAGAGUUUGUAACCUGGGAUCCAUGGAUUUGCUUUCAAGAUCCACUGAUACGUGAUUCUUACUUAUGCGUGAUUCAUGUUUGUGUUAGUAUCUAUUUCUCUGGGGAGAUAGGCUAUGUUGUCUUUCAUCAGAUUCACAAAUGGAUUCUUGACCGAGAAAGCUCCACCCAAGAAAGAACAGCAACUAUAAUUUAUUAAGCUCUUACAUUUAUUGGGUGAUGCUCUCAGUUCUUUACAUGGCAUCACCACACUGACUUUUCAUGACAACUCUAUGGAGGAAUUAUUAAUCCCCAUUUACAGACAAGAAAACUGAGGCACAGAAAUGGGCUUACAGUCUCAGCAAGUGGAAGAGUGUAAAUGCAGACAGUUGAGUGCCUUAGCUUAUACUUCGAACCAAUUAUUAUGAGGGGGCAGCAUUUUGGUAUCCUCAGAACUAUUAUCUUUAGCCAUAAGAUAAAAACAUUUCUUAAUGUUCUAAGCAAGGGCAUUUAGGUAUAGCACAAUCCCCAGUAUUUUGUACUUUCUCUCUUUUACACAUUUACCACCACCUACCAAACUACUACUUUUGGCAUGCAGCAUUUCUAUGCCAGAGGGCCUGAUUGAAUCUCACUCUAAAUAUUUUCUGCUAAGGCCUAUGAAAGUCCUCAUGUUAACAAUAUCUUCAGUAAGUGGGUUGUAGUUCUAGUGCAUAAACAUCCUUUCAAUCAUUAGUGUAUUAAAGCUCAAAUGAGUAAGAGACUAAUAAUAAUUAAAAUGAACCUCGUGACAAAUCAUAGGAAGAAAAGUCCUGUCAGUAUUUCCGAUAAAAAAUGGGAAAGGU